CCUUUUCGCGUGUGGUUCGCUCCCGGACGUCGUAAACACUUGGGAGUCUCCAGACCCUUGGAAAACCCACGCGUCCCGACUUCACUCGGCUGAAUCGGGAUCAUCUCUGUAAGAUCCGAUUCUCUCAUCCUAGCAACUCCCUCACACAGAAAGGAAAAUGCCACAGAACGAGCACAUCGAGUUACAUCAGAAACGCCAUGGAUACAGUCUCGAUUACCAUGAGCGUAAACGCAAGAAGGAGGCUCGUCAAGUCCACGAGGUGGCCGCGAAGGCCAAAAAGCUUCGCGGUAUCAAGGCGAAGAUUUUCGCCAAACAGAGAUAUUCAGAGAAGGUGCAGAUGAAGAAGACAAUCAAAAUGCACGAAGAGAAGAAAACCAAACAGAAGACGAAGGAGGAUAUCGUUCAGGACGGAGCCGUGCCUGUCUACUUGCUUGACAGAGAGGGUCAGUCCAGAGCUAAGGUGCUCUCGAACAUGAUCAAACAGAAACGAAAGGAAAAAGCCGGAAAGUGGGAUGUUCCGAUCCCCAAAGUGGCGACGGUUGCGGACGCUGAAGCGUUCCGUGUCAUCAAAACCGGCAAACGUGCUAAGAAAGCGUGGAAACGUAUGGUGACUAAGGUCUGCUACGUGGGUGAGGGUUUCACACGAAAGCCCCCCAAGUUCGAACGAUUCAUUCGACCGAUGGGGCUGCGUUUCAAAAAAGCUCAUGUCACCCAUCCGGAACUGAAAGCCACUUUCUGUCUACCCAUUAUCGGCGUCAAGAAGAAUCCGUCGAGUCCUCUCUAUACUCAGCUCGGAGUCAUCACGAAAGGAACCGUGAUCGAAGUCAACGUCUCGGAAUUGGGUCUCGUCACAACCGGAGGCAAAGUUGUCUGGGGCAAAUACGCCCAGGUGACCAACAACCCCGAAAACGACGGAUGCAUCAAUGCUGUUCUCCUUGUUUAAACGCGGACACGAACUAGUUUUUACGGAAUCUGUACAAAUUUGUUCAAUCGAGCCUUCUCUGAGGAAUAAAUUCCGCAUUUGUUGCCGAGUGAAA